AUGAUUAUCAAUAAAGGUUUAAAAUUUAUUCCACCAUGUCAAAAUCAUUUAUUGUCAAAAAAACCAAUGAAACAAUUUAUUAAACAGGAAUAUAAAAGACUUUAUGAUGAAAAUGUUAAAAAUCUUACUGAUUAUACUUUUCCAACUGAUGAUACACGAGCGAAAGAAUAUUUCCUUGCCAUUAGAACUUUACUUGAACAACUUUAUAUGAAACCUAUACCAACUAAAAUUGCAAAAAAUGCACGAUAUUUAAGUCAAAUGAUAAAAUCAAUGCAACGAAAAUUACGGAAAGCUAAUAUUGCUGUUGGACAAACUGAUAAAAGUAAAUUAUUUUUUUUUAUUGAUGCACAAGAUUAUGAAGAAAAAAUUAAAAAUUAUAUGGAUAAAACAAAUGCUUAUCAAGAAAUUACAAGUGGUAUUUGCCCACUAGCUGAUAAUUUACAUUUAGUAAUAUUAUUACUUGAUCAUUUACGUGACCGAAAGGAUAUUACCUAUGAACAACAUAAAAAAAUGUAUCCGAACAUAAAAAAAUUAGAAUUGGCUCAUAUUUAUUUUAAUCUUAAAGUUCAUAAGCCUGUUAUAUCAGUUCGACCUAUUGUUGCUUCCAUCAAUGCACCAGCAAGACUUAUAUCAAGUUUUUUAGAUCAACUUCUUACUCCAAUAUAUAAUCAUGUGACUAAAGAUAUUACAUUUAUUAAUGGUAUAGAUGUUGUUCGAAAAUUAAAAGAAUAUCAACGACAAGGUCAUCUCACUUCAACAACAUUAUUUGUUAUAUUUGAUGUAGCUGAUUUAUAUACAAUGAUCCCACGUGAUGGUGCUAUUGCUGCUUUAACUCGAUUUUGUGAAAAAAAUGCCAUCAAUGGAAAAAUUGGCACUCUUAAAAUAAGUACUAUUAUUCAAUUAGCAUGUGUUGUUUUAGAUACAAAUUCAUUUGCUUACAAAGAUAAAUAUUAUCGCCAAAUUAAAGGUGGUGCUAUGGGUUCACCUUUUACUAUGGUGUUAGCCAAUAUUUAUAUGUUAGAAUGGGAACAAAAAUUAAUUCAACAUCAAAAAAUAAAUAAUGGUAUAUAUGGCCGAUAUAUUGAUGAUGUAUUUAUGACAAGUAAUUUAAACAAAGAAGAAAUUUUAAAAUUACUUGAAGAAACAACUCAAACAGAUUCAAAUAUUAAAAUUACAACUACAAUUAGUCAAACAUUAGAUUAUCUCGAUGUUACAAUAGAAAAUAACAAUGGAGAUUUAAAAACUUGUAUCUAUCAUAAAUCAGCAUCUGAACCUUAUAUUUUACCGUAUUCCUCAGAUCAUCCACGACAUGUUCAUAUGAACAUAUUAAACAAUGCAUUAGUUCGAGCAGCUCGAAUGUGUUCAACUGUUGAAGACUUUGAUAUGGAACGAUUAAGUACUGAGAUGAUACUAUUAGUCAAUGGUUAUCCACCAAAAUUUAUACAACAACAUAUGACAAACUUCUUCAUCAAAUAUAAUGCUAUGAAUGUGUGGACUGAAUUAAAUAGUGAAUCGUAUCAACAACUACAUCAUGAAUUACUUUAUAAACCUACAAGACGAGAACAAAAAGUUCAACUUGAAACAAAUGGUACACCUUUGAAAAAGCCGACAAAUUAUGAACAUAAAGAUCAAAUUUAUUUGCAUUACACAUUCGAAACUGGCCCAUUAACAAAUUUCAAAAAAGAAUAUCGUCAAAUAUGGGAAAAAUACUAUGUCUAUCCAGGUUCACGUUUAAGAAAUACAAGACUGAUUCUUGGUACAAUAUUAAAUCGAACAUUACAAAGUCUUCUAAUACACAAGAAACCAAAACGAGACAUAUUGACAAAAAUGGAAUCGACAACACCGGCAGCUUCUUGA